UUUUUAUUUAAGCUGCAAGCGGCGGUCACGGAGCACUCCUUAAUUUCCACUCUCGCUGCAGCUCUCUGUGGAUCACAGCAGUCAUGUUAAGAAACCCGGUUUUCUCCUGCUUUGUUUUCUACGGCGUGCUGCUGGUGUUAAAAAUGUACGUUAUAGCGGUCAUAACGGGACAAGUGAGGCUGCGUAAAAAGGCUUUUGCCAACCCUGAGGACGCGCUGAGACACGGAGGUUUACAGUAUCACAGAGAAGAUCCAUAUGUGGAGAGAUGCCGGAGAGCUCAUAUUAACGACAUGGAGAACAUCCUCCCUUUUCUCUUCUUGGGUGCCAUCUACGCCAUGACUGGACCUUCAUUGUGGGCGGCCCGCCUUCACUUCCUUGUCUUUUUCAUCUGCCGUGUGCUGCACAGCAUUGCCUACCUGCUUGCCCUGCAAGCGCCGACCCGAUCCGUGGCCUACACUGUUGCUCAGAUUCCUUGUGUAUCCAUGGCUGUGCAGAUCCUGAUGGCAGUCAAAGCAUAUGCCUAAAUAUCCAGGAACAAGGGACUGAACUAGAGGCUGUGCUCCGGGCCUAAAGAUAGCUACAAUUUGUCAAGUUUGUUUGUGUGAUGUACCUCCUGCAAAGACAGGGAUGUCAGUGGGAGUGCAAUACAUGGUCUCCGAUUACACCAUUGCUGGGUUUUGAGAAUGACUAUCAGUAUUUUUACUUUUGCUAAGUUGAAAUGUGACAGUGUCUUGUAAGAUAUCUGAAGCUGACAUCAUGUUCUGUAAAUGCAAAUGAAGGUUGUUGCCCCUCAUGGAUCACUCAUGGACAGCUGUAGAGAUUUAGCUUUAAGCAACUUUAGAAAAAAAAAAAAAAGAAUUCCAGCUCUGCACUCCAUGUUGAUCCCUGUUUUCAUGUUUCUCCACAAAUCAUAACCCACUAAUCAUGCAUUUUCACGCCAUCCCUUUGUGUUUCCCGUGUGGAUGCGUGCGUUCAACAAAAGCGUAACGGAUAUGAUGGCUGAUAUGAUGAAAGUUCAAAUACGCCCGAUGCUGCUCCUGUGUGAGUGAAACAGCUUCUCAAAUUACUUUAAAAGGAAGAAUGGGACACAUGCCUCACGACAACCUUCUGGGAGAUUUUUCUAGUUUAUGUUUGUGUUUGUCUGUGAAGACACAUGGAGAGUUUUGUAACUUAUUCAAUUUAAUGUAUGCAGUCAUGUUUUUGAAACAUUUUUGUUGGCAAUAAAGCUAUGCACAUCAAACCACA